AUGGACAAGGCUCUCGACGAUGUUGGUAUUGUCUCUGCUCUCAUUGUCCAGGCGUCGCGUACUGGCAGAAGGGGUGCCGGCCGUCGUCCGAACCGCAGCGCCCGCGCGAAAAUCCUUGGAAACACAAGUACGACCGCAGCAAAGACAGCCGCGAAAAAGGCUGCUGCGGGCACACAGGUCGCCGGAAAAGUCGUGACUCCUCAGCAGACUGCAGAGAAGAUCAUGGUUUCUGGGCUUCCGGCUGAUGUCAACGAGCAACAAAUUAAGGAACUUUUCACGACGACUGUUGGUCCUCUUAAAGAUGUUCAGCUACACUUUAACCCGCAAGGCAAAUGGAACGGUACUGCGACUGUCCUAUUUUCCCGCAAGGGUGACGGUACCAAGGCAUACGAGCAAUACAACAAUCGACUUAUCGACGGCAGUUAG